GCCCGUGUGACUCUCCAAGAAUUCGGCGGGUCAGCAAGAACAGCAACAACAGCAGCAGCAACAGCAGCUGUACGUUUGGACUGCAGGCAAAGAUCUCCGCACAUCGCACAUCCGCCUUCGACGAGAUAAAACAAGCAGGGGUGAUAAGUGGGAGACAAUCCGGUUUGGAGCGUCAGAAAAAUUUUGUCUUUCGCCCUCAGUUCUUCACUUUUUGAUAGCGUCUCUUGUCGUGAACAUGUCUUCAACGUUUCUUGUCGUCUCGCUGGGCCUGUUGGCUCUUGUUUCGGGGGCCUCAAUUGGUGGUUGGGACACGUACUGUCAGAACAAGAACAUGACCACUGGCAUCCACCCGGACCCCUUCAGCUGCCUCCACUUCAUCGAGUGCACCUUCGGAGUGACCAACCACAUGGCAUGCCCAGCAGGCACGGCCUUCAACCCCACACUGUCUGUCUGUGACGACAACGCCAACGUCAACUGUCCACAGGUCGUCGUUGGAUGAACGGCCUUGGCCUACUUUUUAAAAACCCUAUCUGUACGCCCUGGUGUCAUUUUGUACCCCCGGGGUUGUAUUCUUAACAUUUGAUAAAGAAUACUUCUAAUACGAAGA